CUUAGCACGCUGACAUUCCGUAUGUAUGUACAUAGAUAAGAGAGCCUCCAAAAUCGUUUGUAUCCAGUCUCGUUCAGUCAAAAAGCAUCCAGCUAACUGUCACAUACACUGCAAAAUUAAUCGAUCGAAAUCGCCGUUUCGACGAAACGGAAACACUAUACGGGGUGACUCUACAAAAAUAUGACGGUAGCUAAGACUAAUGGAUCAACGACAAUGACAACCACCACGAACGUGCCCAACGAGGAUGAGAAGAAACAAAACAAUGCGUUAUCGAUAUACAAGGAGGAAGAAAAAGAAAACGACCAACUCACCCUCGAAGACUUGGCUCCUGACGGUGGAUGGGGGUGGAUGGUGGUCCUCGCCAUGAUCUUAGUUUUCGUGACAACGUUUGGACCAACCGCGUCGUUUGCAAUAAUUUUCGGGGAUUUUCUCGAAGCAACUGGUCAGGCUGGAACAGCAAUGACGUUAUUUAAUUCCGUUUUCAUGGUGACAUUCUCCAUAGCUGGUUUGAUGACCAAUACCUUGUUGAAGAGAUACGCGAUGAGGCCCGUGGGAGUUUUUGGCGCGUUUCUAUUCGCAGUGCCAAACGUUGCACUGGCGUUCGUGACAAAUGUUUACGAAAUGGCGUUUUUAAAUUUCCUCCAAGGCAUGGGGCUGGGUCUGAUCGUCACCAUUUGCAACACAAACUUUAAUGCCUAUUUCGUGAAGAGGAGAGCGCCAGUGAUGAGCGCUGCACAAGUUAUUAUCGGCUUAGGUGGAAUCGCGUAUCCUGUAUGCAUCGAGAGAUUGAUGAAAGCUUAUGGCUUUAGGGGCACAGCUUUGAUGACUGGCGCGAUGAGUUUGAACUGUAUCGUCGGAAUGACGAUGAUGCAUCCGGUCGAGUGGCACACACGGAAACCGGAAGAGGUCCUCGCGGAGAGGGCGCGACAAAGAGAAGAACGGAAAUUGUGUGGAAUUUCUGUGCUCAGUCGACGUUCCAGCGAGAUCACACACGUUCCAGCGAAAACAAGAUGGAGUAGUCUAACCAGCCUCAAAGAUGAAAGAGGCAGGCACGUUCCACUCCUAAUCGAAACGAUGAAAGAGCCUGCACAAAGAGUGGCUUCGAUUUCAGAGCUGGAGGGCAAAAUCCAAAAUCGAAUAAAGUCCGGAUCGAUGCGUGAGCUCCUGACGAGACGCAUGUCAGCCCUGUCAGCUUCGAGUUUGGCGAAUUUAGUGACGAGCAUCGGGACUGUCACGGACAUGGCGCAUUUCGAGAAACCGAAAGAGAAAAAAUUGGAAAAGGGGGUCCAAGUGUCCAUGAAAGACGAAGAAAACGCUAAAAAAAGCCAAAUAAAAACGAUCUUCGAAGAGCUUCUGGAAAUGUCACUGUUAAAGAAUUGCGGUUUCAUGAACAUUUGCCUGGGCGUCAGCUUCGUCCUGUCGAGUGACUUCACGUUUUCUGGUCUUUUGCCACUGAUGAUGACUAGUAGUGGCUACACGAAAAGCCAAGCAGCCCUGGCGAUCACUAUAUCAGCCGCUGCAGAACUGGCGUCCAAGAUUUUAAUUGCAAUUUUCACUCUGGUGGUGCAAAUCAAGGCGAAGUACAUUUUCUUCUGUGCAAUGAUUUGCAUGGGUUUCGCUAAAGCUGGUUAUUUAAUUUACGACGACACCUUGACAGGUACGUUUAUAAUGAUAGCGAUUAUAGGGAUGGUUAGGUCGUGGCUGUUGGUACCUCAACCUUUGGUGAUCAUUGAAGACGUCAGUAUUGAUAAAUUCGCCUCUGCUUAUGGGAUUUCUGGCGCUAUCAGCGGUGUCAUUUCCAUAGUAUUUGGUCCAAUCGUUGGGCUGAUGAAGGACUGGACGAACAGUUUUGUGGUCUGCCAGCUUGCCCUUAUACUAAUGAACGUCCUGUUCGUUAUUCCGUGGGCAAUACAGUUCCUUUCAGUAGAUUUACCAAAGUGGAGGAACGAGAGGGCGGAUAAAGUUGCUGCCCAAACUUCCGGUGCCCUUUCUGCAGAUUGACGCAAAUGGAGAGAGAAAGAGGAAGACCUUUGUAUAUAAAGCGCGUUAAAGUACUCGAGCGUAGGUUAUUUUUAUCGAAAAUAUUCAAUCCUCAUUGACGAUUGUCAACUUUCGACAGACAAUUU